UUUUUUUUGAAUGCAAGCAGUACUCACGACCAGCAGCACAGUUCAGUUUCUUGCUUCCAUGGUAAGUUCGUAGAAGGACACAAUAAACACAACGACAGCUGGAAAAAUCUUCUUUUCCAACGUGGCCACAGGUACUCGGGGCUUUCUCCUGGUCACCCCGAGUGCUAUCUGAGUGCUAUCAACAGCAGUUCCAGACGCCAGCAGAAAAGUAAAUGAAUAAUAAACAAGAAGACGAUAUCAUAAAAUGGUGACUGUCUACAGCAAACAUUUGGUUUACUGAAAUAUAUUAGCCUCUUAUACUCUGCUAAUAAAGCACAAAAUAUAUAUCGUUCAGAUUUCUUUUACUAUAAAACUUUUAUUUUUUAUUUUUUUAUUUUUAUUUAAAGGAAUAGCGCAAAUUUGUAGCAUGGCUACAGAAAUGUCCGGCGGAAAGGCGAGAGCAAAGGCAAAGUCUCGUUCAUCCAGAGCAGGAUUGCAGUUCCCAGUUGGUUGUGUUCAUAGGCUGCUGCGGAAAGGUAACUAUGCAGAACGUGUCGGUGCUGGAGCCCCGGUCUAUCUGGCCGCGGUGCUCGAGUACUUGACUGCUGAAAUCCUGGAGCUGGCUGGGAACGCCGCUCGGGACAACAAGAAGACCCGAAUCAUCCCGCGUCACCUGCAGCUCGCUGUCCGCAACGACGAGGAGCUCAACAAGCUGCUGGGAGGGGUCACCAUCGCUCAGGACGGAGUGCUGCCCAACAUCCAGGCAGUGCUGCUGCCCAAGAAAGCUGAGAAAGUACCCAAGAGCAAAUAA